CCGAAAACGAAUAUUCAAAAACGUUUUUUUCAAUUUCCUCAAAGCGAGCCGCCAAACCGAAUCCGAAUUCAAUCAUGACUCUGCCGAACGUUCUUCGGAGCUUGGUUUUUUGUUACUUCGUUUUUCGACCAGGCACGGCUCUCCUAAGAUCACCGGAAGGCACGUUUCGCGUGCACAAAAUAUUCGGCGAUGGGAAUUGCAUGUUCCGAGCAGUCAGUUACGUCCUGUGGCAGAGCGAGGACGAGCACAGUCGUCUCCGAACGCUGGUGACUCAGCACAUAAAAAGCCACUGGCGCGAGUACGGGCCGUUCGUCACAGCCGAAUGGAGCAUAACCGAGCCGGAAGAGUACAAAAAUUUCAUGAUUUCGGAGGGCGUCUUCGCCACCGAGCUCGAAUGCACCGUCGCGACGAAACUCCACAAAAUGAAUUUGUCCAUCUACCGGGAAAUCCACGAGGGCACUCUCGAGAGGGUUUUCCACAACAGCGUCAACUCCAGCUUCGAGACAGCGAGGCUGCUCUUCUCCGGUCGACCCGAGAGCGGGCACUACGACGUUUUGACGCUUGUUCGCUGAGGAAAAACCCGCGCUCCAAAGAGUUCAGUAGCGAGAGCAUGAAAUGCGGAUCGUCGCAGCCUGGACUGUACAGCCAGUGGGUGAUCGUGCAAAUCGCUGAAUGAAUGGCACAGCUGGAAACGGAGAGAAAAAUAAUGAUUUUAACGAUUUUUAUUUAUACAUUUGAAUUUCAGUCGAACGC